AUGUCGACCGCAAAUUAUAGAGUCACCGAGCACAUCAUCCCCGCGUGCUAUGUUCGGGAGUAUGCGGGCAGUACCGUGGACCAAGAAGAUGUGCUGCAUCUCCACAUCAAGCAAUACACGCCUCGCCAUCUACCCGAUCCCGUCCCAGAUGAUGCUGUCACCAUCAUUGCAGUUCAUGCUGUGGGCUUCCCCAAGGAGCUCUACGAACCACUCUGGGACGAGCUUCUCGCUCGAUCCGCUCAUUCCAACUUCCACAUCCGCGGUAUCUGGAUUGCAGACGUUGCCAAUAUGGGCAUGAGUGGAGUACUCAACGAAGUUAAACUCAGCAUGGACUGCUCAUGGAUGGACCAUCCCCGCGACCUGCUCCUGCUGAUCAACCACUUCCGCGACCAGAUGCCCCGACCGCUAGUGGGAGUGGGCCACAGCUUCGGAGGUACCAUUAUUACGAAUCUGGCACUGAUGCACCCUCGUCUACUAACCUCAGUCAUCCUCUUCGACCCGGUAAUUCAACGACUACCGCCCAAGAUGGGCUUUGGCGCUGAUCCGCCCGGUCCUGUCAACUUUGCCUUGUGGCGUGAUGACGUCUGGCCAAAUCGGGCGACCGCUGCUGCAGGUUACAAAAAAGUGUUCAAGAAAUGGGACCCCCGGUGUCUCGAACUAAUGGUACAGUAUGGGUUCCGGGAUCUGCCCACGGCCCUGCAUCCCGACCUGCCCGACAGUGCAGACGCUGCCGACCCGCCUGUCACGCUGACCACGACCAAGUAUCAUGAUGUGCUGGGCCAAAUCCGGGAACGAUUUCACGCUGGAAUGACAGAUGGCCAGGCUCAGUUGGAUCGCUCAACCCAUGCGGACGUGGAUCCCUCUGUGGCUGUCCUUCCGGUGUAUCGUCCUGAACCACCCAGUACAUUUCAUAAGUUGCCAUCAUUACGACCGUCGGCCCUCUUCUUGCUAGGGGAAACGAGUUACUUGAAUUUGAAGGAUCUCCGGGAAGGAAUCAAGAGCUGUGGUCAAGGGGUUGGGGGCAGUGGGGGGAAAGACAAGGUCAAGGAGGUUACCCUACCCAAGCAAGGCCACUUCUUCGCCUUUGAGGUGGUGGAAGAGACAGUCAGCCAUUGCGCCAGCUGGUUAGAUGAGGUUGUGCGCGGAUACCGCGACACUGAGCAGGAGUGGAGGGAAAAGAGACAGAAGAUGGCUAAACGGGAUCAUUUGGUGCUGAAUGAAGAAUGGCGAAGGGUGAUCAGGUCUCCCAGUUCAUUCCGCGCGGCCAAGUCACGGAAAAGCAAACUAUGA